GGACACGAAACACCGGUUUGAAAACGAAAAUGGUUCUCUUUGCGAGAAGACUCCAUUCGCUUGUGCCUGCGAGAAACGCGGGCGAAACGGAACGAAACCGCACAGAAGCACGGAAUGCCAAGGAUGCAGGCGUCUCUCCGAGAGGCUGUUCAGGGAAGGGCUUGACCGAUGUCGGCAAUCGUGGAGCACAAGCGCUUGGUCCCCUCAAAGCCGGGAAUGUCCGGGAAGGUCGUGACGAUGCCGCUGUUGCGGCGGGUCCGGCCGCCGUACGCCUCGAACGCCGGGCCGCUCACUGCUUCGUCGCAGGCCACGCAGGGAGAAGGCUCGCAGGUGUCGGGCGACAGCCACCAGGAGCUGCGAUGUCCGAUGAGAGGGGACACGAAUGAUGCGGCGGGGAGGACACAAAGCGGCAGUGGCAAAGAAAAAGAGAACCAUUAGAAUCUGCGGGCAGGGGUCGAUCGCCUCCACCGAAACGAGCAUUCGUUCUUACCAUACUGGAGACGACGGGUCCGUAACGCAGGUCUCUGCGCAUUCCGUGCAGCUCUGUGGCCCGACGAAUGCCGUUCCGCCGUUGGAAGACUGAUACGCCGCAACGAGGGCCAGGAUGGUGUUCAGGGCGUGGCUCGACCACAGAACCGAGCAAUCCCUCGAAAACCCCACCGCGUCGAAGCAGCCAACGAGGCCGGCAAAGGCGGUUUCGACCGUUGUGUCCGCCAGCAGCUCCUCGCUCGCCUUGGUGGUGCAGCUUAGCGCGUCCACGUCGAGGGUCGGCGAAAGGUUGACCGCCAGGUCUUGUGCGCUGCUGCAGACCCCACAGCUUCCUACGUGCGUAAGAACGGCAUCGCGUUUCGCUGCCUUUGGGUUCUUCUUCGACUUCUUCUUGGUCGUCUUGAACGGUGCCGGUUCCUCGAGGAUGCUGUAUCGCCUGCGAUCGCCCUCCGAUUUCCCCUUCUUGGAGCGCUUGUACUCAAAGACACACCGGACCGGACCGUUUGCAAUAUCACCGUUGCCGUCGUCGCCAACGGCUUUUGUUUUCGUUUCGGUCCCUCCGCCCUUGCCGGCGGUCGUGACCCCCGAGCAAAGGGUUUGGUUGAGCACGGAGGCAACGGCCGGGAAGGGGUUGCACCCCGCCGGGUCGAGCCGGAACACGGACGCUUCCUCCACCUCUAACCCGGCAAAGAACACCUCGGAGCUUCCGCUCAGGUACGCGAAUUGCCUGUUCCCGACACCGGGGCAAGCAUUGCAACGGCCUGGAUCGUCAGGGAUGCAGUAACAGGCUGGAGCACAAUGCCCUUCGUCGCCGAUCACCGGCUCACACGGGAGCUCGGGAUCGGACUCGACAAACGCUGGUGGCGAGAGCGAUGCAAACAAGAUCAAGAAGACGAUGGUUUUCAUGGCGGAUGACAACGAACAGAAUGUGAGAGGUGAGAAAUGUUAUGGCAUUUACAAAGCGAUCAAUGGAUUGAACCUGUUUCAAAACUUGAGAAGAUACAUGCAGUCCGGUCAAGGCAAACAACGCAAAAAACGUUGUGCAUGCUUGUUCGGUGCAUUGGCAGCUAGUGUUCGUUGGUUGGAUUGCAUUGAGGGCGUUGUUGGAACGAUCGUGUUCGUUACCUCAUCGUCUUCGUUUCGUGACGAAAAAUUGUUUGAACAGCCAUUCCACACGAUGUGAUUCUGUUGAGAGCAGUGUUUGAAAGUGGGGCAUAAGCAACAACGGACCCAUACGUAAAAGAUUGGUCCUCUCUCAACAAUCCAUGUGGUAGCCAAUCUUUGUUGCAGUGCCAACUGAAAUGGAUCUACGUGGAUGGACGUCUAGAUAUGUCACCGAGAAGCCACGAAACACGGAUGUUUUAUUUACUAUCGGAUCGCAUUUCACGCAUUAGGAGCAAUACCAAUCAUUGGGCUAUCCUCGAUCGCCCGUGGUGGCAUUUCCACCGAACUGCUUCCUAACAUUGGUACUCGAUGUAAGGAUGGAUUCUAUUGUUCGACUGAACCUUUUUACCGUACGAUUCAUUGCUGCGGAUUUUGGUUGUCUACGAUUAGAUUUUAAAAAGCUAGUGAGACGGUCUACAUAAAACGUUACUGUAUUU